ACCCACACUGAAGGACUGGACGGAGCCACUAAACUGGUCUCCAACUGAUGAGCAGAGAGGCCACACUGAGAUUCUUGAAGGAUAGAACAAACAUCUGACAAACUUUUUCAACAAGUCCCGGGACACAUCCAUCCAAACAGAAUACGAUGAUGAUUAAGUCGUAUGUGAGGGUAACGGAGGGAGAGGAGGUCGUCAGCCCUCUGCAGUGGAUCAAAGGAGACAUGAGCUCACCUGAUGGAAACUCUUCAGUCCCGUCACACCACUACAGAGCAGGAGUGAGUCAACAGAACCAAGAAAUGGGAAGUGAAGACGCAGAAGAAGAGGAGGAGGAGGAGGAGGAGGAUGGAGAGGAAGCACAGGAGGAUGAAAAUGAGUCCAAGCGACGAGGGCCCAAGAAGAAGCGAAUGACGAAGGCCCGGCAGGAGCGUUUCCGUGCGAGGCGUAUAAAAGCUAAUGCCAGGGAGCGCUCGCGCAUGCAUGGCCUGAACGAUGCACUGGAGAACCUGCGCAGCAUCAUGCCCUGUCAUUCCAAAACACAAAAACUGUCCAAGAUUGAGACACUGCGGCUGGCUCGCAACUACAUCUGUGCUCUGACCGAGGCUCUGGAGGGGGGGCUUUCCACAGAGAGCAGGGCUUUUAUGGAGACGCUGUGCAAGGGGCUCUCACAGCCCACCACCAACCUGGUCGCUGGCAGCUUACAGCUGGGGCCAGCUCCUGGUACUGGCAUGAGGCCUGAAGACAGACAUGGAGUUCGUCCAACACAUAAUCCUCAUGGUGGCAUGGUGAACUACACCUCCCCAGGUCUCCCUAGCCCCCCAUACGGCACCUAUGACUCGACGCACAUGCUCCACUUAAGGUCCAUAAAAGGUCGACAGUAUGAGAAUCACUCACCACAUGAGUAUAAUGCAGGAGGUGUGGGGACUCCUCCUUAUGAUGGGCCCCCUACGCCACCCCUGAGCAUCAGCAGUAACCUGGUGCCCAAACAAGAGCCAUCGCCCCACUACCCACCCCCACAUCAAUACUCCCCCUCUCUUGUAGAUCAGGCUCUCUAUCAGUCUCAGAAUAGGUAUGACACACACUUAGAAGGGCCAUAUGACUCUUACCAUCCACCACACAUGAUCCAGUGACAGACAACAUCCCACUGGACUCCCAACCAGCAGUUUGGCCUGACUGAUGAAGUCCAGUUUAUGAUUCUUCAUGAACUCUGGUGAUGUUUCAUGUACUUUCAGACUCAUUGAUCUCUCUCAUUUGACACACUGCCUGUAGAAAAUUUGUUGUAAAGGUAAUUUUGCACUAUAGACUAGCACUGCUAGAGUGUGUAUUAGAAAAUACUUGAUUUUAAAUCCCCACAUUUUCUUUAAACUGAUGACCAAAUGAUCCAAGGAC